CUACGCAAGAUCUUUCACAUUUGCAUAGUACUUGCCUGUAACAAGUAAUUAAUCGUGUAAUGUACAUUAUAUACAUAAGUAUCCAUAAAAAUUAUUGUUAUUCAAUAUAUAACUUUUAUUUCUAACUUGUGGAUUUAGAAUCAUAAACUAAACGCGCGAUAUGUAAAAUUGUAAUUGUUAAAAGCAUCUAAUUACUGUAGUACAUUAUGUGAAGUAAGAAUGGAUAAAAUAAGUAAAAAGCAACUUGUGGUAUAAAUUAUAAUGUGAAAGAUAUAAUAUUUUGAUACGUUAAUACUUAAUUAAGAAUUAAAAAUAAUGCCUAUUACAUCUAGUUCAACAGGUAAAUCCAAAGUUAAGCGACCACAGUCAAAAAGGAUGACAGAAUAUUCAACCUGUUCAAAAUUACUAUCAAACAGUGUACAUAAAAAAGACUAUGAAAGGCCUCAACCAAUUAAAAUUGCACAAUUGCUUCGUCUACCCGAAAAUGUAAAAGGCAUUCCUCAAGAUAGUGUACGUAAAAGAACACAACCAGAAAGAUUGGGUGCACUUUCAAACAAAAAAAAUAUAAGGGCAAAUAUGGAACAAAGUGAUAUUCAAAUUGAAUCCUCUAAGAAGCAUGUACGUAGAUUUCUUAAUUUUAAUGGUACUCCUAUUAAUGCUACAAAAAAUAACAAUGUAAAUAAAACUCAACCAGAUAAAUCUGAGCAUCAUCAUAAGAUUUCUAAACCAAUAAAGAAAAGAAGUUUAUUACUACCACCAAAUGCUAUAAAAGAUAAAUAUUUAGAAAAAUGUAAUGUGAAUAUAACUAGGCAGUCAACAAUAUAUGAAAUAUCAAAGGAAAUAGAUGAAAUAAAUACUGAUUCUAAAAAUGAAAAUAAAAUCACGAGUGAAUCCUUAGCUGUUAAUAUUAAUUCUGCAGUACCAUCUAAGAAUGGGCAAAUAUAUAAUGAACAGAAAAUUGUUCAAUAUUCUAAUCAUUCAAAACCAAAUCCUAUUGAUGUAAAUCAUGUACAACUUUUGGAAACAUUACAUGUAGCGUUAAAAUCCUCUCAACAAAUAAUAACAAAUAAUGAGAAUCAGGUGUUUACACAAAAUAAUUCAAUACAUGAGAAAUUUAUUCCAAACAAGAGUGCUUUAAAAUGUGACAUAUCAUCAGAACCAAAAGAAACAGAUAACUGUAUUCAAAAUUUAUAUAAUGAUAUUGAAGACAUAAAAUUAGUGGCUUCUGGAAAUUGUACAGAUGUGGAAUCACCUGAGAUGAUCUGUAUAAAUAAAGAUAAAAUUAUUCGAUUGGAACAUGACUUAAAAGAUUUAUUAAAAGAAACAGAGGAAAGGAUAACUAAAUUAAGAUCAGUGUUAACACAUGUCACAGAAUUACUUGUAAAAGAUAGAGAUAUUACUUCUGAUACUGAGAAUAGAAGUAAUAAAAUGAUGGACAAAGGAGUUCAAGUAGAAACUUGUUGCAAAUCAGUACAAUAUUCAGAAGAACAGUUGAAGACACCUAUUACACAUAUACCACAAAUUACAGUAAUAAACAAAAAGGAUUCAAGUGAAAGUAAGUCAACUGGAAAUGAUGAAAAUAAAGAAAAUGACAGAGGUUUCAAUAUAAGAAGAAUGUCUGAUACUGCAGUAGCAGAUGGAAGUUUUCUAGAAUUAGAAAAUCAACUUAAUAUUAUGCACGCAGAACCUAUUCAGAAUUACUUAUCUAAACCAAAGACCCCUAAAAUUCUAAAAAAAUGUAAGCAGAAUCGAUCACUCAGAGAAUAUAUGGCGUUAAAGUCAAAUAUAAAUUUUUUAGAAACUCCGGAUGGUAAAAAGUUCAGAUCUUUAUGUCAAGUUGAUAGCAUAGACAAAUCUGUUAAUGUAACAUAUAUAUCGAAUAAACUGCUCACGGAUCUUCAGAAUUUAUACUCUGAAUCACCAGAUUCUUAAAUAUGAAUUUCUUUAUGUAAUGAUAUUGAAUUGAAAGAUAUUGAUAAAUAUAUGUAUUUAAUUUAUAUACAAACGUUAUACAAUAAUCUAAUAUAUUAUAUGUAGUACAAUUAUGAUUAAUUAAUGUAAGUUUUAUGAUUGUGUAUGUUAAUGUGUGCAUGUUUAAAUUUUAAUGUAAAAA